AUGCCAUACCCCUUACGCCAUACCCCUUACGCCAUACCCCUUACGCCUUACCCCUUACACCUUACGCCAUACCCCUUACGCCAUACCCCUUACGCCAUACCCCUUACGCCUUACGCCAUACCCCUUACGCCAUACCCCUUACGCCAUACCCCUUACGCCUUACCCCUUACGCCUUACCCCUUACGCCUUACGCCAUACCCCUUACGCCAUACGCCUUACGCCUUACGCCAUACGUCUUACGUCUUACGCCUUACCCCUUACGCCUUACGCCAUACCCCUUACGCCAUACCCCUUACGCCAUACCCCUUACGCCAUACCCCUUACGCCAUACCCCUUACGCCUUACGCCAUACCCCUUACGCCUUACCCCUUACGCCUUACGCCAUACCCCUUACGCCAUACCCCUUACGCCAUACCCCUUACGCCUUACGCCAUACCCCUUACGCCAUACCCCUUACGCCAUACGCCUUACGCCAUACCCCUUACCCCUUACCCCUUACGCCAUACCCCUUACCCCUUACGCCAUACCCCUUACGCCAUACGCCUUACGCCAUACGCCUUACACCUUACCCCUUACGCCAUACCCCUUACGCCAUACCCCUUACGCCAUACCCCUUACGCCAUACGCCUUGGCCAUCGUGGGUCAGAGGUAUGA